AAGUGUUCAUUUCCUGUUGCCGGUUACAGGACAGUUCUAGUUGGUUCAGAGAUCUACUUUGACAGAAACAAUGCGCUACGCACGUUGAAGGUUUGUUGGCACCCUUACAGUGACACCCAUCUUGGAAUUCUCUCUUCUGAUUCGGUUUUCAGGGUUUUUGAUUUGUCUUCGGCCCUUGGCCAGCCAGAGCAGGAGUAUUAUCUACAGCCCGUGGAGCCUGGCAGUUCGCACAAUGCUACAGCAAUCUGCCCUGUCGAUUUUUCUUUUGGGGGUGAUCAUAUGUGGGACAGGUUCAGUGUUUUCGUCUUGUUUAGUGAUGGCUCAGUUUACAUCUUAUGUCCUGUUGUUCCAUUUGGAAGUGUGUACAAAUGGGAAUCUGUACUUGAGUUAUAUAGUGAUGCUCAAAUGUUUGGUCUGAAAUCAGCGAAUUCAAAAGCUGUGAAAAACUCAAAUUUGGCAAUCUCUUGGUUGGGAGCAACAUUUCCUGAACUAAAUCGGGAAGAAGUUCAUGCAGAAAAUGCUGCUGUUCUUAGAGCUCAACCUUAUGCUUUAUUUGAUUCUUCAAUCUCAUUACAGGGACCUUUACGUAAAGUAAGUCAUGGUGUUGAAGAUGACUCAGUUCAUCCUCCAGUUCAUGAAGGGCGUGCUGUCAGUUUUCUUUAUGAUUUAGUUAGCAAAGAUUCUAUCCUAGUAACUGCUUGGAGUGGGGGGCAGUUGCAGAUAGAUGCUUUAGCUGAUGAAGUGCAGCCUGUCUGGAAGGUUGGUAGUCCACCUCGGGUAUGUCUGGAUUCAACUGAUAGUAUAGUUGGCCUUGCAAUGAUUUGCGAGUCAUUGUCAAGUGACACCUCCAUUUUGAAGCUUGAUGUGCCACCAGAUCAUACUUUAUGGUUGGGGCAUCCACCUCCUCUUCUGAGGUUGGCUAUUGUGGAUUUAGCUCUGCCCAGAAGAAGCGGUUCUGUUUUAUCAAUGUUUGUUGAUCCCAUUAUUUCAGAACGAAUAUAUUGCCUUCAUGAACGAGGAAUUGAUUCACUAACGGUACUUUUGUUCUGUUAUCAGGUGUACUUUGAGAUUCGACAUCAUGCACCUCAUGUAAAAAAGAUCAUUGAUGAUCAGUGUUCUCGAUUGUGCAAAGCACAGCAAAAGAUUUUGGAAGUUGAAAGGAAACAGGAAAAGAUCGAGGAUCGUGUUGAGCAUGCAGUUCGGUUUCACAGUGAGCUAGAAGAGCGCUUGCAAAGCCUGAGACACCUGCCGGCAGCACAUAAGACAUCUCUAUCUAAAGCUGAACGAGAGUUUAAGUCUGAACUUGACAGAUUUAGGGGAGUGGAGUUGGAUGCUCUACGCUCUUCUAUUGAAGCAGUAAAUGCCAGGUUGAAAAGAUACACACAUUCUCUACAGCCCAGCCAGUCAAAUGAAGAGCGACAAGUAUCAGUGAGGAGAAAAGUGCGUGUCCAAGAAAAUGAAAUGUCACUGCUGAAAGCAUCACUUGAAAAGCUGUCAGUCAUGAACAGUGAAAAUGCAAAGAAGGUUAAAGUAGUUGAAUCGGCGCUGAAAGGCCGUGAAAUAGGCACUUGAUGAUAUGUAGGAUUGUAUGAUGAUUUUUGUUUGUGAUGCACAAGUCAAAAGUUGUUGGUUAGUGUGUUGAUACCCAGCUUGAUUGCCUGUGUGACUAGUAAGUGUGUUAGGUACAAGAUGGGAUACUUUGAGGUGAUAUGAGCAUUGGAAGUAGCUUUAGGCUUUUUAUUAAUUUCCUCAACAGAUUAUACUGGCCAUUCGUUUUUCAUCUGAAAGCUAAGCACAGCGUUUUAGGUUGAUUUUA